CCUGCCAGUGAAGACAGAAUGGGAACUUUGCUACAACAGCUGACCCGUGGCAAUGCUCUUUUCCUCAUUAUUAUUUUGGGAAUUGGAGGAACCUUUCAACUUGGCUACCACAGUACUGGAUUGAGUUCCCCCUCACCGUACAUACGGCACUUCAUCAACAACAGCUGGUAUGACAGAUAUGAAGUGACUCCGCCACCUCAGACGAUCACGAUGAUCUGGUCCCUUAUUGUUUCUAUGUAUGCUGCCGGGGGACUUUUUGGUGCUGUCAGUGUCAAAUUGAUCUCCGACGUGCUGGGAAGAAAAAAGGUGAUGAUCUGCAACAGCUACAUUGCCAUUGUUGCAGCAGGGAUCAUGCUGACAAGUAAAAGUGCCAAAUCUUAUGAAAUGAUUAUUGUGGCAAGGAUCCUGUAUGGCUACUCGGCAGGUUUGGGAGGCAGCAUCCAUCUAAUGUACCUGGGAGAGAUUUCUCCCAGAAAUAUAAGAGGGGCUGUGACUCUGACCUCAGCAAUCUUUCUGUCACUUGGUAAACUGUUUGGACAGAUUUGUGGACUGAGUGAGAUACUUGGUCGCGAAGAGCUGUGGAACAUCGUACUCUGUGUACCUGCAUUUUUUUCAGUGGUUCAGGUUGUAGUAUUGCCUUUUCUCCCUGAUGCUCCCAGAUACUUAUUCAUAGAGAAAGGUGAUGAAAAGGCUUGCAUAAAAGCUCUCCAGAGUCUUUGGGGCCAAGGUGACUACAAACAGGAGAUGGAAGAGAUGUUGGCUGAGCAGGCGGCCAUUGAGGCAGCCCCACCAAAAAGCCCUAUGCAGCUGCUGAGGGACAGGACUGUCCGAUGGCAGCUUCUCACCAUGUCCAUCGUCUACUGCUGCAACCAGCUGUCGGGCAUAAUUGCAAUCAGUACCUUCUCUUUUGACAUCUUCCUGGACGCAGGGGUACCGAGAGACAUGAUUCGCUAUGUUACUCUUGGUCUUGGAAUAUCUCAAAUCAUAACCUACAUCUCCUGUGGGCUGCUGAUUGAGCACACAGGGAGGAGGCCGUUGAUCUGGGGGGGUUAUGGUUUCAUGUCUGCUUGCUGGGUGUUGGUCACUGUCAUGCUCAACCUGAAGGAUUCCAGCUACUGGGUUCCAUACAUUUCCGCUAGUUUGAUCAUCCUCUCCACCAUCUUCUAUUGCGGAGGACCAGGGGGAGCCAUACAUAGUGUCUACAAUGAGGUCUUCAUCCAGUCCAAUCGACUGGCAGCGUUUGUCCUCAUUGGAGCCCAGCGCUGGCUGUUUUACGCUGUGGUGGGCCUAGUCUAUCCAUUCCUUACUGAUGCCUCAUACUGCUUUGUGCUGUUUGCCUGUGUGUGCCUGUUGGCUUGUCUUUACACCUUCUUCCUCUUGCCUGAGACUAAAGGGAAAACCCUGCUGGAGAUCUCAGAAGAGUUUAAAGCCAUCACUGUCUGUGGGAAAUCCUUCUUAAAGGAAAAGAGAGUGGCGACCAAGUUAUGAGGCAGUCCAGAUACAGUAGCCUGUUAAUUUGAACAGACAGAGGAAUAAUGAAUGACUCUGUGUGACCUUAAGGACAAUAUAUGCUUUGUGAAGUAUCAAUUGCUAAAACAUCCAUCAAUAAACACUGUCUAUAUGCAGGGGGAAAACAGUACAAUGGAAGAAUACUGGAGCUAAAUCACAGAGACAAAUAUGUAAGCAAUAAUGAACCAUGAUGUUU